AUGAUUGGGGAACGAGCGCCUGGCUCAAGUACUUCUCCUUACUCAUAUACUACAACUCUGCUGCAGCGACGCUGGCCACGACCGUGGUCAGCACUUCGCUGGGAGUUUGUGCAGCCCUUGGGGUGGUGCCUGAGAUUGCCUGGAUGCCCGUGUUCGGAUAUGGGGUGUUUUUCAUCUUCCUCUUUCACUGGCAGCAUAUCCGUCGGCUUGUGCGGCCGAUCGUCGUCUUCCUCGACAAGCUUUGCAUUCCGCAGGAUGACGACGACCUGA